AUAAGGGAAGAACUGUGACUGUUGGAGAGAGUAUUUGCUCCUCCUUCUUAGAGUCUGCACACCCUCCUCCUGCCACUAGGGGAGGACGUCUGGCUCCUCCAGGAGUCAACCGUGAUUCUUAAAUCGGACCCUGUGCCACAUGUUCAGAGUUAUUUUGAACCUCGAGCUUUGCAUCUUUGUAGUUAACGAUGGAACAGUUCUCUAAAGUUCAGCUCCCCAGAUCUCUGAUGGCUGGACACAGAGACACAAGGACAACCCGUCUGUCUGCCGAGGACAGUGAGACACACUGCAGCACGACCAGCAGCAGCAGGCGGCGUGAUGAUGAAGAAGAUGAAGAUGAUGUGUGCAGACUUCCUGACUCUGUGGUGGUUGAUCAUCAGAAUUCUUUCCUCCUCAAACAACUGAUGGAAGAAAAAAGGAGGAAACACGAGGACGUUGUCAACGAGAUGGAGACAGAACUCACACACCUCACCCAGGUGUGUGACUCUCAGGUGAGGACCGUCGUUGAGGAGCUGCUGGCCUCUCUGAAGGACCUGGACCUAAUGUUGAACCCUCUGAUGGAACGGAAUGAUCAACUGGACCUCCUCAGCAAGGAGGAGGUCUGUGUUCUCUGGGAGGAGGUGCAGGAGAAGAUGAAGAUGAAGAAGACGAGAAUAAUGGACCUAAACCAAAAACUGACUGAAUGUGAGACUCAAAGAGCCAGCGAGACCAGAGUCCUGCUCAUCAAGAACCUCCACCUGUUGGAGAACAUCAGCUUCCUGCCUCCACCCGACGUCUUCAGGCUGAUCCAUAACGAGGCCACGAUGUUGAAUCUUUCCCUCCUGAUGAACCGUCGCUGUGCUGCUCGUCUAAUGCUGCUCCUCCUGGAGGAGAACCUGCAGCAGGAGGAGCAGCUCCAUCUGCAGUGGGAGGAGCUUCUGAGCUGCUGGAGGAGGAGCAGGGCCACGGGGGUCCUUGAUCGAUACAGGAGUCGCUGCAGCGAUGAGGAGGAGCAGCUCCUGGUCUCAGGUCAGCUGGUAGAACGACGUGAGGAGAUCAUCCAUCACAUCUGCUCGCUGGUCCCGCCCUCCUGCUCCACUACUUUGGUCUCUGAUUGGUUCAAGCAGCUGACAGCCAUCAAUCAACAGAUCGAUGAUCUCCACUCUGAGGCUCUUCAUCAGCUGCGUUGUGGUUCUCAUCACAGGUGGAGUGAUCACCUGGCUCAGGUGGAGCUCUGUGAGAAGGAGCUCUCGGCUCUGCAGCUCUCGGAGGUCGAGAUGAACGACGUCAUCGGCUCUCAGCUCCUCGCUGUGAUUGGACGAGGCCAGAGUCAGGACGAGCAGCGAUUGGCUGCUGUGGAUAGGUGUUGUGAUGCUGUGGCCCGUGGUGCACUCCAUCUCAGCAGGUGUGUGUUUGUUGUGAUGAGAGGAGCGGCGUUGCUAUGGGAGACGCACAGCCGGAGGCUUGAGAGGAGACGAGAGGAAGAACAACACAUGGACGAGCUUCACCGCACACAGCAGCAACACACACAGGGGGAGAAGGUGCACCUGGACAGCCUGCUGUGUGCACUCCGCCAGGUGAGCAGUGACGAGGUUCUGAAGGAGUCUCUGGACGAAACCAUCCGCUACCUGGAGGACGUCAAAAACAGCAGCAGGGUCUGUGUCUCUGAUCAGGUGGAGGUGUUGGAUCGUCUCCCCCUUCUCCUCCUGGAGGAGCUCCUCUCCUACAGCAGCAGCCUCAGCUCCUUCUUCCACCUGGACCACACCUACAGCCCGAGUCCAGAAGAACUCCAGAACCUCCACCCUAACCUCCAUUCAUCCUCCACCCAAAUGGGUCAGUUUGAGGCUCAGAUAAAGAAAGCGUCAGGCGCCGCCCACCUCUCUCCUGAUUGGCUGACUGAGGAAGGAUCCUCUCUGCAGGCUCUUAGCGACAUGAGCAGUGAUGUCACGUUUACAUCGUCCAGGGGUGUGGCCUAUACUGCCCCCGCCUUCAGGUGCACUGUCCCCGACCUGCCAGACAACCUGCAGCUGGAAACCCACCUGAGCCCGUUUCCUGUGGAGCUGCUCACACACAUACUGAGCAGUACCAGGACUUUGUACCUGGAUCACCUGGAGCAGCAUGUCAAAGAGGUCCUCUCCUCCGCCGUCACCACGGCGACGGAGAGGAGGGACAGAGGGCUUCAAAUGAAGCUCACACAGACACACAUGUACACAACACGCCUAGCUGAGCUGCAGCUCCACACUCGUCUGGUGAAGUCUCACAGUGAGGAGGUGUGUAGUGUGCUGACCUCCCUCCGGGGGGAGCACCAGGAGCUCCAGGCCUUCCUCAGCGAGCGGAAACAGGAGCUCAUCCUGAAUCUGUCCCACAUGGAGGCUGAAGCCCAGAAGACCAGCAGCAGCACGCGGCUGCAUGAAUUAAGCUCCACCCUGAAGGGCUGUCUGGAUGAACAUAUCAAAGAGACCCAGCACCUUCAGAAUACCUUCAAGCAGACCGUCAUUGUCCAACUGCAGCGGGUCAGAACCAGAACUACACAGCUACUCAGCACUGUCAGGCUGUUCAGCGAAGGAGACGUUGCUCCUGAGGAACUGGACUCCUUCCAGAAGAAGCUGAAGGAGGAGACCAGACGGAUCAGAGUGACGGAGGAAUCCAUCUACUCUGAGCUGAAGGAGUUUGAGUCCCACAGUCUAAAGCAGCUGAAGGAGACUUCUGCAGGUCUAGAAGAGAAACUCUGCUCCAUGAGGUCUGAGCUGGACUUCAUGGAGAAAAGCCAGGACACAAUGAGGAAAACACGAGUCCAGAUGAAGGCUGAGGCAGCGAGCAGCAGACACCAGCAGAUCCUCAUCAGCAGCACGUUGGAGGAUCUGAAGAAUUUGCAGGAGAACAUACAGGUGUCUCCAGAUCAGGUGUUUUCCCUCCUGUCAACAGUCAAUGAAGAAUUCAGGAAGCGCUGUCGGUACCUGGAUUUUCCUUUGGUCUCCUCCCACUCUGUCCUUCAUGAAUCCGGGCAGCAGGUCCAGUCCACUCCACCUCCUGGUCUACUGCAGAUGAGGAGGACCGGUGUGGACCUUCUCCAGGACCCCUUGGUGGAGGUCAUCAGGUCCCUGAACAGGUUCUGUGAGAUCCAGGAUGCUGCAGCAGCAGAAAGGGACGAGAGAGGAGCAUCACCUGCUGGUCAGAGUCCGGUCCAACACAAAUGUACCAAGUCACUGAGACUGAGGAGGGGCGACAAGUCCAUCAGGACUGAAAGAAAGUUCCAGGUUUUUGGACCAGAGCCAGACCAGAACCCACACUCCUUCAGUUCUUCUAUGAACUCUUUGUUGUGGAGAACCAAUGAUGUCCUCCUCCUGGUUGCCGAGGACUUCUACCGGAGUGAGCAUUCUGUCUUCAGGUUCCUCCGGGUUCCCGACAGUUUGGACCAAUGGGCAGAGAGCAUGCAGCAGAGGCUGCUGGGAUACCAGGAUCAGAUCAGGAAGUUCUUGUGCACGAGCAGAGAAGAGUUGGAGACACAGCUGUCCCUUCUGGAGAACCUGCUGCUUUCUUUACCUGCAGUUUUGAUCUGUAGCCAUGAGCAGCGACAGGAGGCGGAGCUUAUUGAGGAGGUGAGCGAGGUUCGAAGGAAGCUGGAGGAGAAGGUGGCAGCCAGUGAGGAGGAAAAGAGAAUGAACGUCAACUUGCUGCGAGUGUCUCUCAGAGACGAGGAACUUGUGUCCCUCAGCAGCAGAGAGGAGCUCAGACAGCAGCAGCUGCACAGUGACAUCUGCUCUUUACACCUGGAGCUACAGGUGUGUGUGAAGGUGAGAGGGGAGGAGUUUGUGACAUCACUGGCCUUACUGGCGGAGAAGCUCCUCUCUCAGCUGGACGAGCUGCUGUUACCUGAAAAAGUCGACACCGUCUCCGUGGCAAUGGAGGAUGAAACGGGACGGAACCAGUGCAGCGUCAGCAGGACCUGGCCUGGUGACCCGUACCCCACAAACAAGGCUGCUGACCCGCCAUCCAGUGUCACUAUGGCAACAACAACAUCUGUCACCACAACCAGGUGCACCCUGGGACAUCAGGUCAUUGAGCAGAGAGACGCUGCUGAGAAGAGGCUUCAGCAGGUCCUCCGGUUGGAGUUGUCUCGUUCAGAUGAAGACAAAAGAAGAACACUGAGUGAACUGCAGAGCUGGAACGCACACUGGAGGCAGCAGAUACACACUCUGAAGCACACACACACACACACAGGCUGAGGUGUGAUACCAGUAGCUGAUUGGUUGUGUGGACCUGAACAUCACCUGUUAAUGUCUGUUAAUAAACCAUAGAAGAA